UCAUAGAUUCAUAGUUGAUUAUUUAUUUGCCUUUUUUAUCAGUAUUUUUCAAUUUGAAAUUAUUUUUGUCCCCACCAAGAGAGGGAACCCUAUUACGUUGCCACGCCACGCUACCCAAACAGGAAACACCCAAACUCCACACUCUUCUCUUCCUCCAUAAAAGGGCGCCAUUUGCUUUUUCUUAUUUCUCUCUUUCUCUCAUUUUCAAAUCACAAUUCACAAACAUUCUCAUUUCUAAAACCUCUUUUCCCUUUCCUCUCUUCAAAACCCUAAUCACUUCCACAAUGCUCCCUCACUCCUACACCUUAGAUUCCCUCACCAAAUCCCAAGAACUCUUAUCAUCCAUCCAAUCCGCCACCUCACCUUCUCAAAUAACCACCGUCUGCACUUCCAUUCAAACUUUCCUACACACUCACUCACCCGAUCAAACCCGUCACUUCUUCUCCCUCGCUUUCCCAACCCUAAUCUGUAACAUCUUCGGUUUCGAAAAUCCACGCGCCGCUUCACCUUCAUCUAACGGUUGGAUCAACAUCCCCGAACUCGAUAAAACCCUAUUCUCUCUCCUCUCCCCUACCGGAACCCUCGCAACCGCUAUCUCCGCCGUCGACCGUCUUUCUCUUGUUAAAUACCUUUUCCCCGCCGAACGUCUUCCUCUCUGGUCACGUUCACUCUCCGAUAAACAUAAUCUCUCCGAUCUCUGUCCUUCACUUUUCACUUCUUCGUCUUCCUCUUCGCAAAUUCAGCUCAAUGUUUUUCAAUACUUCUUUUUCUGGUUCGCUUAUUAUUCAGUCUCCAAGGGCAAUUCCGGUAAUUCAAAUUCAAAUUCCGAUUCUAAUUCCGAUCAAGUUUCCGUCAAGAGCAGCGCAGUCAAAUUCAGGUUAGAAAACUGGACCGCUUCAAUUCCACGUUUCUCCGCCUCAAAACGCCACGUGUCAGACCAAAAACCUAACUGUAAUCUCUACACGCGUCUUCUCUACGCGUAUCUUCGCGAAAAUGUUCCUACAUGUGAUUUAUCGUCUCAUCAACCCUACCGGAGCUCGAUUCUUCACUACGGUUCCGGUCAUGAUGCAGCCGUUGCGGCUCGAGCUGAGUUUGUUGUGAACACGCUGAUUCAUUUCUGGCUUGUUGACAAUGAUUUCUCGCCGUUUCCUGUGAGUGUUUGUAAGGCGCUCGGCGUUUCGUUUCCGUUCGGAGAAAUGCCUCCUUCUCCGGGGUUAGGUGAAGUUGUGAAGCUGUUUGUGAGGUAUUUGGGUUUGAGUACUGUGAGUGCGUUUCGCGAGAAUGGGGAUUUUGGUUAUAGUUCUAGUCCUAGGUGGAGGACUAUGGAGGUUUCGAAGAAUAAGGAUUUAGGUUAUGGGUGUUGGAAUCAAUGUUUGCAGAGACCUUUGUAUAGGUUUUUGUUAAGGACAUUGUUGUUUUGUCCGAUGGCUGCUUCGGUUAAGAAUGUUUCUCAGGUGUUUUAUGUUUGGAUUAGUUAUUUGGAGCCUUGGAGUAUUAAGGGUGAUGAGUUUUCGGAGCUUGAUGCAAUGAAUGGUGAAAAAUUGGAUAGUUCUGUUUCUGAAAAUGGAAGUGCUGGUGUUUGUGGUGGUUUUACGCCGCGUUGGCAGGAUUAUGUGCUCUCUAAUUAUCUGUAUUAUACUUCAUUGGUUAUGCAUUUUAUUGGGUUUGCUCACAGGUUUCUUCAUAGUGAUGUUGAAAUUGUAGUCCAGAUGGUGCUCAAGGUGUUAGACACGUUGACAUCAUCCAAAGAGCUCUUAGACCUUUUGAAGAAUGUAGAUACCCUUUUCCAUUCCAAGCAGGCCGGCUCAGGCAAACCAAUGUUGAAUAACUUGUUCAGAUAUGUUCCUAUCAUCCGUGAACAGUUGCAGGACUGGGAAGAUGGUUUGUGUGAGACUGAUGUUGAUGGUUCAUUCUUGCAUGAUAAUUGGAACAAAGAUUUGCGACUGUUUGCUGAUGGUGAGGAUGGUGGACAACAGCUCCUUCAGUUAUUUAUAUUGCGUGCUGAAGCCGAGUUACAAGCUAUAUCUGGUAAUAAUGUUACAUCCAGCCUUCAAUGCAUUGAUUCAUUGAAGGCGAAGUUAGGGUGUUUAUUUGAUGGGAAGACUAUAAAUCUAUCUCCAACCUUCCCAGAACCAAUGCAGCCUCAGCAAUCACGCGAUGAGAUAUUCAAGCCAAGAAGAGCUGGCAAUCGUGUGUGUAUGGAUGUUAAAUACAAAGGCGAUUGGAUGAGGCGUCCCAUAUCGAGCGACGAGAUUGCAUGGCUUGCAAAAGUGCUUGUUUGGUUGUCUGAUUGGUUGAAUGAGAAUCUUGGAUUAAAUCAAGGAGUGGCCAAUCUUGGAUUAAACCAAACAGACAGCAGUAAGUCAAACUCCUCGUGUUCCUAUGUGGAAGUAUCGACUGAUGAUGCCCAUAUAUGGGGUCCUUCAGAGGCCCUGAAGGCUUUUCUCUGUACAAUUUGUUCUUGGGUUCUCUUUGUGGGUGCUGCUUCUCUGGGUUUCAUGCGAAGAUAUGGUCUGAGGGUGAAUCUAAGGAUACUAGCCUCGAAGAAAGUUGUAAUGGUUUUUGUUUUAUAUGCUGUUUUCAAUUUAGUGAAGAAAUCCUUUCGAGCAAUCCAUAACAUGUAGGAGUAUACAUUGAACAUAUACAAAGUAUAUAGAGAAAUGUAGAAAGUACAAAGAAUUUUGUUACUUUGAAGUUAUUGUGCUAAUUUACAAGUGGUUUUGCACA